AUGUCAACACCAGCCAGAAGAAGAUUGAUGCGAGAUUUUAAGAGGAUCCAACAGGAUUGCUCUGGAGGAAUCUCUGCGUCGCCAUUGGCCGACAAUGUCAUGGUUUGGAAUGGCAUUAUUAUAGGGCCCCAAGAUACUCCAUUUGAGGAUGGUACCUUUAGACUAAGACUUACUUUCGACGAACAGUACCCUAACAAACCUCCACAGGUUAAAUUUACCAGCGAGAUGUUCCAUCCGAAUGUUUAUGCUUCGGGAGACCUUUGCCUGGAUAUAUUGCAGAACAGAUGGUCUCCCACUUACGACGUUGCUUCGAUUUUGACGUCCAUCCAGUCUUUAUUGAACGAUCCGAACAUCAACUCUCCUGCAAAUGUUGAGGCUGCUAAUAUGUACAAGGACCACAGAAGUCAAUAUGCCAAGAGAGUUAGAGCGACUGUUGAGAAGAGUUGGACCGAGGAUCUUCAGGACAUGGGAGAUGAUGAUGAUGAUGAUGAUGAGGAUGAUGAUGAUGAUGAGGAUGAUGAGGAGGAUGAUGAUGAGGAGGAUAAGCAGGAAGGGGAUAAGCAGGAAGGGGAUAACAAUUAG